AUGAAGUUAGAAAAUACUCUAUUAACACUCGGUGCUCUGGGAAGCAUAUCUGCUGCUCUUGUCAUCCCCAAUCUUGAACAUGCCGCCGACCAUCAUGAACUGGUGGUCGAGGACAACCACCAAGAAAGGGUCGGACACGCAGUGCACGCUGGUGGAAGCAGCCACGAGUCUGCCAAGGAGAGCCACGAGGACGGAAAGCACGGUGACGAAGAAGCUUCUAAAUCUGACGACAAGGCUCACCGUAAGGGUGGCUGCCACGAUAAGAAGGACAAGAAGGACAAGAAGGAUAAGAAGGUGAAAAGCAAGAAGGAAAAGAAGGUGAAGAGCAAGAAGGAAAAGAAGGUCAAGAGCAAGAAACACCAUGAAAAGACCUUGGAAAAGGCGAGGCACAACGAGAAACUGGCCCCAUUGGUGUCCACAGCACAAUUCGACCCAGCCGCCAUGCCCAAGAUCAUUCCCAACCGCUACAUCAUCGUCUUCAAGAAGGGCGUCCCACAAGAAGCGACCGACUUCCACAAGGAAAGCGUCCACCAAGCGCAACUCCAAUCCGUAGAGAACUUAUCUGCUGAGGACGCCUUUUUCAUCUCGACUAGAGACUCCUCGCUUUCCACCUCUGAGACUGGCGGUAUUCAGGACUCCUUCAACAUCGACAACAUGUUCUCCGGUUACAUCGGCUACUUCACCCAGGAGAUUAUUGACUUGAUCCGUCAAAAUCCUCUCGUAGACUUUGUCGAAAGAGACUCCGUUGUAGAAGCCACCGACUUCGACACCCAAAACAGCGCUCCAUGGGGGUUGGCUCGUAUCUCUCACAGAGAACGCCUCAACUUGGGCUCUUUCAACAAGUAUCUCUACGACGAUGAUGCUGGCCGCGGUGUCACGUCCUAUGUUAUCGACACCGGUGUCAACGUCAACCACAAGGAUUUCGAAAAGAGAGCCAUCUGGGGGAAAACCAUCCCGCUCAACGACGAAGACCUCGACGGGAACGGCCACGGUACCCAUUGUGCCGGUACCAUCGCCUCCAAACACUACGGUGUCGCCAAGAAUGCCAACGUCGUCGCCGUCAAAGUCUUGAGAUCAAACGGGUCUGGUACCAUGUCUGAUGUCGUCAAGGGUGUCGAAUACGCUGCCAGGGCACACCAAAAGCAGGCUCAGGAAAAGAAGAAGGGCUUCAAGGGUUCCACAGCCAACAUGUCGCUUGGUGGUGGUAAAUCCCCUGCUUUGGACCUAGCCGUCAAUGCCGCUGUCGAAGCCGGUAUUCACUUUGCCGUCGCUGCCGGUAACGAAAACCAAGACGCCUGUAACACGUCUCCAGCUUCUGCUGAUAAGGCCAUCACCGUCGGUGCUUCCACUUUGAGCGACGAUAGGGCCUACUUCUCCAACUGGGGUAAGUGUGUCGACAUCUUCGCUCCAGGUUUGAACAUUCUGUCCACCUAUAUCGGCAGCGAUGACGCCACCGCUACUUUGUCCGGUACCUCCAUGGCCUCUCCUCAUGUUGCUGGUUUGUUAACUUACUUUUUGUCGUUGCAACCGGGCUCCGAUAGUGAGUUCUUCGAAAUGGGCCAGGACUCAUUAACCCCUCAACAAUUGAAAAAUAAGCUGAUUCAUUACAGUACGAAAGAUAUUCUGUUCGAUGUUCCUGAAGACACUCCAAACGCUUUGAUCUACAAUGGUGGUGGCCAAGAUUUGUCCGCCUUCUGGAAUGAUACCAAAAAGUCCCAUUCAUCUCGUUUCAAGCAAGAAUUGAACAUGGAUGAGUUCAUCGGCUCAAAGACUGAUUUGAUCUUUGAACAAGUAAGAGAUGUUCUUGAUAAAUUGAAUAUCAUUUAA